AUGAAGACUGUUCUCGCUUACGCUCUUGUUGCGCUGGGAGCUACCUCUGCUCUCGCUGCGGCUGUCGCGCGCUCCAGCGACCAGCUCACUUGCACAGAGGGACGUGCCAUCCAUGCCCUCAAGUGGCACGACAACGACGCCCCUCGUGAUCACGGCUACCUCUCCUUUUCCAACGUCAAAGACAGCAAAGGGCGCCCGAUUGCGACCAAGCUCGAAAGCGAUGGCUCGCCCGCAAAGCCUGUCAACUUCACCUUUGCCUCGUGCGCUGCGCCGGACGGCAAGCCGGGCUGGAUGGGCUACGGCAAAGGCGAGCAGAGCAACGGUCGCCGGUACGGACACCUGCAGCUCGAGAGCGACAAAUCCAAGUGCCUGACGGCCACCGGCCUGAAGACCAAGGGCAUUCACUUUGCUCUGGACGACUGCCACACGGAGGACUCGAGUAUCCAGCGCUACCAAUUCUUUGCCGAGGCCACCAACGGCAUUACGGUCGGCUUCCUGGGCAGCAAGAAUGGCACGACGGGCGAAAAUUACCACCAGUCCCUGGGCUCGAGCAAGGGCCACCCUCUGCAGCUGGACUAUGUCGGUGACGCCGACUCGGACAGCACCGUUUUCAUCAACUGGAUCCCGGUUUACGGCGAGCACGAAUAA